CUAAGCUCUGCCUGCCGCGUCCAGGUGCUCCUUCGAGAGGCUGUGGAGAGACCGGGCGGGCGCGCUGACCCGGCUUUCACGGCGUGCCGGUGGGCGGCCCAGGUGGGCUGCAAGGGCUGUCGGUCAGCCCCAUGGGCGACAAGCAGCACUGUGGCAACAUCCACCUGGUCCCUGCAACCAACCAGCCCACAGAACUUUGUCCUAGAGGUUGCACAGGGAAACUGCAGGGUGAGCCUCAAGAUUCAGUUCAACCAUUGCUAGCGGCAGCACUGGAGUUUGAGUUCCUUCAAGAUACCAGGUACUUUAGCUAUCUACUGAAAAGGAAUUCAGCGGCACAGGUCUGGCUUCAUGCUCAUCUUCAAGCAGCAGGUCUUGCCUGGAGAACUCUUCAGAGUUGGCCUGGCCUGUGGUGCUUGCUUUGCUUAGGGCUGGCCAAGUUGCUAUGGCUUAGGCGUGCUGAAUUGGCACUCCUCUCCAUGUGUGGGGGAUUUCUUUCUUGGCAGGGCCACCCUCCUGAUCCACCUCAGUCCACCCUGAAUGAGGAGCAUAGCGGUGACCCACAUGCCCUGUUUUGUACUCAAGUGUUUGGUGAGCAGGAAAAGAGGGAGCUUCUUCUGACAAGAGAAGAAGCCUCCAGGCCAGUAGGAUGCAAAGGCGGCAGCACAAAUGCCAGAAGCAAUCCUGGAAGCUUGGAGAGAAAAGAUAAGAGUAGCCCUGCUUUGAAAGACCUCUAGGAACCUAUGAAAGUGUUGGGAUGGCAGGGAUCAAUGAACUGAAUCUUGCAGAACAAAGCUUUCUCCCUAAGGCAAAAGAAGAUAUCUGCUUGGAAUUCUUUUUUUCCACAACCAGCUUGCUCUCCAUUGAACCCUUUUGUAAUCUGAGUCUGUUCCUCAUGCCGAGUAAAAAGGCAGCAUUUCCCUCUAUUCCAGAAACCCAAGACUGACUAACGUUCAUCAGUAGUGGGGAAUGGUGAGGUUCAAAAGUGUUUUAAUGAUGGCUAUGUUUAAUAUCGAUAGUUGUGCCUUACAUUGGUGUGUAUGGCAAUGCACAGGGACAUCAAGACUACUGUAAUGCACUCUACAUAAUCUCCCUUUGGAGGCUCCGGUUGGCGCAGAACACCAUCGUUUGAUUAUCGGGAGCUAGAUGGAGCACGCACAUUCAUCACUUCACUAGCUGACCAUCAGUUGCAGGGUCCAAUUCAAGGGCCUGCCCAACACAGACAAAGCCCAUCAUGGCUUUCGACCCUCCCAUCUGUGGGACUGCCUCUCACCCUGUGCUCUGCCACGGCAGCUUCACUGAUUUGAGCAGGGACCUCUGCAGUUGCCACUCUACAAGGGGGCAAAAUCAACAGCUACCUGUAUGCAUGGCGUCUCUGUAGUGGCCCCCACCUGAUGGAAUGGCUCUGCUAAUGAGGUUAGGCAGGUCCCACUCCCCGGACUGUCCCCAAGUUAUGCAAAACUG